AUGGCUAUGGCGGGAGGAGGGGGGCAGUGAUGGUCCCUGCAGGGAAUGACGGCCCUCGUUACUGGAGGCACCAGAGGAAUCAGCCAGGCCGUUGCUCAGGAGCUAGCGACGCUCGGUGCCUCGGUUCAUACUUGUUCUCGCAACGAGGCGGAGCUUAAGAAGUGUUUGGCUGAGUGGGAAGCGUCGGGGUUUCGAGUUACGGGCUCUGUUGCUGACGUAUCUUCGCGUCCCGAAAGGGAGAAAUUGAUGGAGGAGGUCGCAAGGGCUUUUGAUGGAAAGCUCAACAUCCUAGUAAAUAAUGUUGGGACAAAUAUAAGGAAGCCAAUUGUGGAAUAUACAGUGGAUGAUUUUUCAUUUUUUGAGGUUCUGAAAGACAAAGAGUAUUCAGAAGAAGUGCUUUCUUGCACUCCUCUGCGUCGAAUUGGAAAGCCUCAAGAAGUUUCUCCUUUGGUAGCAUUCCUCUGCUUACCAGCUGCUUCUUACAUUACUAGCCAAGUCAUUGCAGUCGAUAGAGGAAUGACAAUCAAUGGCUUCUUUCCUUUGAUGGAUUAA